CAAUCCCAUACAAUUCGUCGAACUCCAUACAAUAAUGAUCAGAAAUUCCACACAAAUUAUUUGCAAUUCAGUGACCAAAUGGAUUCCAAAGGUCACAGUACGGAAUUUGUCUGCUGUAACCAAUGCUUUAGUGAAUGUAGAAGUUAAUGACAAAACCGGCAUCUCUCUCGUUACAAUAAAUCGAAAGCCAGUGAAUGGAUUGAGUUUGGAAUUGUUUGAAGCGUUAUCAACUACCUUGGACGAUCUUGAAAACGACAAAACUAGAGGGGCCGUACUGACAUCUGGUUGUGCAUCAGUAUUUUCGGCUGGUUUUGAUCUAAAUGAGCUGUACAAACCAGAUGCUGAACGAUUUAGGAAAUUUUGGAUGGCAUUCCAAAAUGUUUGGCUAAAAUUAUAUGGCUCGACAUUUCCAACAGCGGCGGCGAUAAACGGCCACGCUCCAGCCGGAGGUUGCUUCUUAGCAAUUAGCUGUGAAUAUCGUGUGAUGUGUCCCAACUACAAUAUAGGAUUGAAUGAAACUCGUCUCGGUAUAGUUGCCCCAAUAUUUUUGCGUGCAUCUCUCCGCAAUACGAUAUCUCAGCGUGAAGCGGAGAAAGCUUUAACUUUUGGUACACUAUACAGCACCGACAAAGCGCUGAGAAUUGGACUUAUUGAUGAGAUUGCUAACGAUAAGGCGGAAGCUAUCCAGAAAUGUGAGAAUUUCUUGGCACAAUUUAGGAAUGUAUCUGCUAUGGCACGCUCGUUCACGAAGACCAGUUUGCGGAAGAAAGAUUUAGAAGAACUGGAAAAUGGUCGUGAGGAUGACUUUCAAAGCUUUUGGUCGAGGCUUAUUCAGCCUGAAGUUCAAACGCAGAUAGGCGAAUAUCUUCAAAGUUUGAAAAAGAAAUGAAAAGCUUUGUGUAUUAGUAGUGCGAUGCUUCGAUAUUAAAUCGGCCUAAGAAAAUGA